UUUUGAUCUCCAGCAGCGUCAUGCCUGAACCAGCAAAGUCCGCGCCGAAGAAAGGCUCCAAGAAGGCCGUCACUAAGACCGCCGCGAAAGGAGGAAAGAAGCGCAGAAAGUCCAGGAAGGAGAGCUACGCCAUCUACGUGUACAAAGUGCUGAAGCAGGUUCAUCCUGACACCGGGAUCUCUUCGAAGGCGAUGGGCAUCAUGAACUCUUUCGUCAACGACAUCUUCGAGCGCAUCGCCGGUGAGUCGUCUCGUCUCGCUCACUACAACAAGCGCUCCACCAUCACUUCCAGAGAGAUCCAGACCGCCGUGCGUCUGUUGCUGCCCGGGGAGCUGGCCAAACACGCCGUGUCCGAGGGCACCAAGGCCGUCACCAAGUACACCAGCUCCAAGUAGAGCUCCGCUGCAGCUCCACACACAAAGGCUCUUUUAAGAGCCACAACUUGUCACUAAAGAGCUUCUAAUGUUUGUAGGCGGUAUUGUAUUCUCUCUUAUAUAAAUUAACUCCAAAUGGUCCCGUUUUAAGCGCUCUUUUAAAGCUUUGAUUGUAUUUACAGUGUACAAUAUAACGUGUUCAUGUUUCGCAUGUAAA